AAAACCCGCCACACACACACACACACACACAGAGCCAUGAUGACAGCGAGCAGACAAAGGGUUCAUCGAUACACACUCACACACCCCGAUCUGUGAUCAAUCGCUGGCUCUGAUCGUCGCUUUCGAUUUGAAACGUUUGCAGAAAUCAGCGGGAUUCGGCUCGUGUUAUAUUUAGAGUGUGUGUGCGUGCGUGUGUGUCUCCUCUAGUCAGGCAGAGGUUACACAGCAACACAAACGCGCGCGCGCUCACGCGGAUCUCCGGAUCUGUGAAGAAGCCGAACCUGCUGGUUCAUCAGAACCGUCUGCGCUGGACACGGAUCGACCCGGUUCGAGAUCUGCGUGGCUUGGCAGCGGUUCCUCGUGGCAUGACGACCACUAACAAAGGAAACAAGGCCUUGAAGGUGAAGAGGGAGCCCGGCGAGAACGGGACGAGCCUGACGGACGAUGAGCUGGUGUCCAUGUCGGUCCGCGAGCUCAACCAGCACCUGCGCGGCCUGUCCAAAGAAGAGAUCCUGCAGCUGAAGCAGCGCCGGCGGACGCUGAAGAACCGGGGCUACGCCGCCAGCUGCCGCGUCAAGCGCGUCACGCAGAAGGAGGAGCUGGAGAGGCAGAAGGCGGAGCUCCAGCAGGAAGUGGAGAAGCUGGCCUCGGAGAACGCCAGCAUGAAAGUGGAGCUGGACGCGCUGCGCUCCAAAUACGAGGCCCUGCAGAGCUUCGCCAGAACUGUGGCCCGAGGGCCCGUGGCCCCGGUGUCGACCGCGGCCGUGCCCGUCUCCCCCCGCGGGCCCCUGGCCUCCGUCAUCGGGCCCCUCGUCCCCGGGAAGGUGGGGGCCACCAGCGUCAUCACGAUAGUUAAGUCGAAAACCGACGCGAGGUCUUAGUAGCGCACAGGCGGGACGGGUUGGUCAGUGCAUGAGGGUUUAGGUGCGGGACUGCUGAGAAACCCCUUUCUCUAAUGCGGUUACAAAAGAAGGAAAGCACAUCUAGGACGGUCAAUUCACUUGGGCUUCCAAAACGAUCUCCAAAUUGCUCGACUCAAAACGAAAAACAUGCAGCCAAAUUUUCCUGGUGGACGUGUGUCGUGUUGCUGUGAGAUUUGUAAUUUUGUACAAACAUUGGCGACUUUGUAUCGUGUUUUUCACAUGGGGUCCAAGUGUUUUCUUUAUACGUGAUCAUUGUCAUUGUAACCUUGUACUUUUUAUACAGCGUUUGUGUUGUUUCGCCAUUUCUCCGUCCUUUGCUUUACGGACUGCAGGCACGAAACACUUUAAACCGUUCAGACUUCCAAACUCUCCCAAGCUUAGGAGAGUAUCAGCCAAUGAGAAACUCCCUUUACCUGAGCCUCAUUUAUGCACUGACCAAUCACUGACGGGCGGGAGGAGAGGAGGCGGAGUCGAAUCAGCUGAUGUUGUUCAUAUGGUAGCUAUCAGAAUUUGCCACCAGUUUAUGCGCUCCGGUCGUCCCUUUCAGGACAGGAGACGGUUUGCACCGGCGAGGCAAUAACACGUUUAUGUUACGCGACCGACGUCCCGUGAGUUUUUGUGCCGCGCCUCUCUCGUCGUCUGGAUCUGGAGACGUUUGGUUUUCGUUUGUUCCGUGCCAGUUUCUGACCAGUUUCUGUUCUUGAAGGACGCGCUGUUGGGUGACAUAAACUGGUGAAAUCUCACAAGCUUUACCAUAACUUUGUUGCUGUGACAUUGCGUAACGUAUUCUAAGAAUCUUUGUCUAUAUGGUGGAGUCUUGAAUUUUAUAUGAAAAAAAAAAAAAACGACAGAGUAUCUUGCAUUAUUUAUAAAACAUUUAAAAAAGAAAUAUAAAGUUGUUUGAUAGCUCUCUUUUUUGCAAUUGUACCAAAAGUGGCUUAACUAUUGAAGUCAAUAGCUUUUUCUAGUGACUAGGCGCGUCAAACUGUGGACUAGCGCGUGUGGUGUGAUUUGUACUGGUGAGGUGGCGGUGUUGUUUACGACGUGGAUGUGAUGCUCUUUCGUUCUGGUUUCAGUCGGACGCGCGCGCGCGCGCGACCGCCGCCGCUUACCCACGAUCCCCAGCGUUCGCACGCUCCAUGUUUAAGUGGACGGGACGCCGGCGCGGGGAUCUCUGGGACGCGGCCGCGUCGCCUGCGUUCGAGUCCUUUUAUGUGAUGUGUGAUUUUUAUAUAUUUUUGGUGUACAACGUUUCUAUGGUAUAUUAUAUUUGUUGUUGUUUUUUCUUCUUUUCUUGGGUUGUUUUCUUCAAAUGCCAGGGAAGUGACCCUAUGUGCACUGGUUUAAUCCUGCUGCUCUUCAUGCUGCAACGCUGCUUCAAAUACUAUGUUUCUCAACUUUUACUUUUUUUUUUUUUUUGGCUCAAAGGUUUCUCCAUAAAGACGUAAAACUCGAACUUCGUGUAAUGCUGCGUUCACAUCUCUCCGGAAAUUACUGUAUGUCACAGUGAAUUCUGUGCAUCCUUGAAAUCUGAAAUUGUUUUUGCUGAAAUGCACUUAAAAUAUUUAAAACAAUAUGCAUUUACUUUUUUUCCGAGAAAAUAAGAUUUAAUCUUAAUUUGGCUUAAUUUUCGAUGUUUAAAACAAAUCAACUUCAUUUAAAGAAAAACAAGGUCAUUUCUCUGAGUCUAUCUGCAAACAUUUGUUUUUGUUUUAAGUACAAGCUCACCUGAUUUUAUGCAUUUUUCAAAAAAAUAAGACUAAAAAACUUUAGUGAGUUUGUUUAAAACAAGAACAAUAUGUGUAAGUGAGGUUAAAAAUAUUAAAAAUAAUAAUUACGCCAUUGGUAGAUAUUUGUUCUUGUUUUAAGCACUGACUCACUUAAUUUAUGCAUUUUUUAAAAAGUGGGACUUAAAGACUUAAAAGGAGGUUUAUGCUUAAAACAAGAAAAAAUAAGGUUAAGUCACUUCAUUUAGAUUUUAUCAUAAUAAUAAUGACGUCAAAUCUUAAUCAAAGAUUAAAGAUCUGCCAGUGGGGUCAGAAAAAUUAUCUUGCUUUUCCUAUGAAUUAGGCUGAUUUUUCUGACUCUGUCAGCAGAUUUUUUUUUCUUGUUUUUAGCAUAAACUCAUUUUUGAAGAAACAGGACUUAAAGUUCAUGCUUAAAAUGAAAACUGUUAAAUUAAUUAAUUUUUUUAAACACUGAAAAAUAUGUAGUGCCUCACACACCCAAUAAAUCAGCAAUUUCUUACAACCAGAAAACAUUUUUGCAUAAUCAUAGAAAUUUUACUGAGCAAUUGACCUUCCUCAGGCUUACAAAACAUACAAAUGAGCAAAAAAAAAGAAAAAAUUAAUUAAUUAAUUUAAAAAUAAUAAAAUAAAUAAAUAGAUAAAUAAAAAGUUCACAUCCACAAAAAUAAAAAUAUAAAAAAAAUAAUUAAAAAAAUUUAUUAUCAGCUGAUUGUACUCAAUUUAAGUGUACUCACACUUUUGCAUGCUAUGUGAGCCUGAUGCAAAAUCAGUGCUCUCUAUAUGCUCUUAUAAAAUACUGAAAAUUCAUAAAGUGCACAAGUACAAUCAAAAUGACAUUAAAUGUGUUACAGAAUCUUCCAUUUCGUCUGUUUUUACAUGACAUCACAAAAAAACGUUUGUGAAUAUGUGAUGUUUAUUUAGAAGCUGAUAUUUGCAGUAAUUGUGACUGUGAUGUGAACGCAGCAUUAAUGCUCUGAUAAAUGAUUCAUUACAGCACAAGAUUCUUUAUUGUUUAGUUUAAUCUUGUGACAAUCUGAACUUUUCUCAAGUGAUUUAUUAUUUUUUUUUUUUUACCCCGAUCCGUUCCGUUCCGGUCUGAUCCGGUCCGGUCCGCACUGAUCUGGCAUUUUAAGAACGGAUUCGUUGUAGGUAUAUUUGUACGACAGGGUUUUUUUUUUUUUUUAAUUCUUGAUGUAAAUCAACAGAAAUAACUUCCUCUGACUGGCUAAUCUGUGAAAUCGUUUCGUAACCAAGUCUUCGGCAUUGCUUUCGUAACCAAUGGUAGCGUUUCUCCUAUCGACUGUGGCGGUUUUGUGGCGUUUCUAUAGGCGAUGUAUCGAACGGUUUUGAAGACAAAAAAAAUUCUAGCUUCCUCGCAAACGAUGAUGAUGAUGAUGUGGUUUUCGUCGACGUGUCGGUGUGUCCGAUAGCACUACUGCCCAAUAAUGACGCUGAAUUCUCUUCCACGAGGAGCGGCUCCUUCACGUUUGUUGUCGUUAUGGUCGUCGUGGUGACUUGGUGUUACAAGUGAACUAUAUGCAAAUCAGCCGGCGGUAGGGAGGGGUCACGACCUCUCGGUAGGAAUUUAGUUUUCUGUCCUUAAAGUUGUCGUCCGUAAAUAAAUGGCAGCGAUCGAUUUACCUAACGAGGGCUCCGAAAGCGAGCGUUUAGUUGCAUUUGAAUCCCUGUUAGAAACAGUGCCACGUCCCACGAGGCCGAGCCAAGAAAGACACACUGCAAACAUCAUUCUCUUACUUGCUGUUUGUCUUCUCCAGAACAAAUAUAGAAAUAUUCACUCAAGUACUUCAAUCCAGAUGCAUUUCGUUGAGAAAUAUAAACAUAAAAAGCAAACUUUUUUUUUUUUUCCAAGAAAUAAAACUUAAAAUCUUGUCAGAUGUUAAAGCAAGAACAAGUAUGUGUCAAAAAACAAGGUGAUUUUUCUGAGCACGUCUGCAAAUAUUUGUUCUUGUUUUAA